AUGCGCCCCCAAAAUCUCCUCUCCCUCCUCCUCCUCCUGGCCCCGGCCAUCCAAGCCGCCAUCCUCGCUAUCGACUAUGGAGCAGAGUUUACCAAGCUUUCUCUCAUAAAACCGGGUGUGCCAUUCGACGUCGUCUUGGAUAAAGAUAGCAAGCGAAAGAUCUCAAGUGUCGUCGGCUGGAAGAGAGAUGAAAGAGUAUUCGGAGCAGAGGCAAAGAUGUCUGCUACGCGGUUCCCCGACACGCAUUACCCCUAUGUCAAGCCUCUUCUCGGCAAGACUGCGCUCCCUCCCCUCUCCAUCUGGCCCAACGCGCCCUCAUCUGAUGGCGAAUCAAUAGUAUUCCCCCAUCCAUCUGCUCCUUCCUACAUCUCCCCCGCUCUCCCGUCGCCCGAGGCUGCGUGGACACCCACUGCUCUCUUGGCACAGCAGCUCUCCUACUACCGUCAUUUGGCCGAGUCUCUCGGUACAAAGAAGGAGUCUAUCAACCAAGUCGUUGUGACCGUUCCUGCCUGGUGGGAUCAUGCCCAACGACGAGCCUACCGAGACGCUUUGGAAUUGCAAGGCAUGUCCUGCUUGGCAAUGAUUGGUGAAGGGACCGGUGUGGCGUUGAACUACGCCAUGACUAGGACUUUCCCCGAUUACAAUCCUGCUACUGGUGAGGGCGAAAAGGAGUACCACGUCAUCUACGACUCGGGCGCUCUUUCAACCACCGCCACUGUCUUGGCAUUCUACCAGACCAGUGAAUACUUGACGCCAAAGUCCAAGACGCCUAUCAACACUACCCACAUUGAAACUCUUGGUACUGGGUGGGAGAACGUCGGCGGCGUUCUUCUCGAUGUCGCCAUCCAAGAUAUCCUGGUGGAGGACUUUGUCAAGAAAUCAGGCAAGACUGGUAUCAAGGCGGACAAGAAGGCGCUUGCAAAGGUGGCCAAGGAGGCUACCAGGGUCAAGCACAUUCUCAGUGCCAACUAUGAAGCCAACACUGCCAUCGAGUCUCUCUUCGACGACACUGAUUACAGGUCUCAAAUCUCAAGAGCUUCUUUGGAGGGAGCUUUGGCUUCCACAGAAUCCCUCUUCUCCAAGCCCCUUACCUCGGCCCUCUCUACCGCCGGUCUCUCGCUCUCCGACAUCAACUCUUUCGUCCUGUUUGGUGGCAACACCCGAGUCCCUCUCGUUCAGACCUCACUCAAGUCUGUCCUCGGGAACCUUGAGGACCGCAUUGCCCAGAACGUCAACACCGACGAAGCCGCCGUUCUUGGUGCUGCCUACUAUGGUGCCGCCUUGAGCAAGCAGUUCAAGAUGAAGAACAUCGAGGUCAAGGAAAGCAGCGUCGGUGACAUUAGUAUCAAUGGAGGCGAUGUCUUCUUCCCCGAGGGCACUGUCUUGGGAGAGAAAAAGGUCUUGACUUUGCCCGCCGAAGGCGACAUCAACCUCGAGUUCUCCCAAUCCAUCGCCCACCCCGAAUCUUCCCACGGCACUUCCGGUCCUCAGCCUAUCCUCUCUGUCCAAGUCUACGACAUUGAAAAGGCUCUCAAGGACUUUACUGCCCCCUCUCCCGUUGUCAACCUGACCAUCCGCUUCGACCCCAAGGGCCACCUCUCGGCUGCCAACGCUGUUCUUGUCAGCAAUGUGACGGAAAGCAAGGACGGUGGAGUUGCUGGUGCGAUCAAGGGUCUCUUUGGCGGCAAGGAAGACGACAAGCAGCAGGUCGAGGAAGUUGCGAGUGAGGGAGGGAAGGAAGAGAAGAAGGACGGCAAGAAGGCACCCACUAAGGUGGCCUUGAAGUUUAGAGAGAAGCACCUUGGUGUGAGGCCUCUCUCUGGAGAGGAGAAGAGGACUACGAACGCUAGGCUCAACUCUAUUGCCGCUUUCGAAUCCGCCAAGGCUUCCCGAGAGGAGGCUCUCAACUCUUUAGAGUCCUACAUCUACGCUCUCCAGAACCAUCUUUCCGACUACGAGCCUACCGCUUUGAAGGACUUUUCCACCCCCGCUGAGCAGACUGCCAUCAAGGACCUUGUCGCCAAGACAUUCGAGUGGCUGAACGAUGUUGGCGACCAGGCUACCGAGAGGGAGUUGCGCACAAAGUACACUGCCUUGGAGAUUCUCGAGAGGCCGCCCGUCUUCCGGUACAACGAGUACACUGCGCGAGACGACGCGGUCGCCGACUUCCAGAAAGCCAUGCGUCUCGCUGCCUCCUUCUUCAUUGAAGCCAAGGGCAACUGGACUGAAGCUAUCGAGGCUGCCAGAAACGCUACGCCCGAAGACCCUGCCACGCCUCCCAAGUACACGAAAGAGGAGCUGGGAGCGGUGGAUGACAUGUUGAGAGAGUACACCAAGUGGAUUGAUGAGUUGAUGCCGGAGCAGUUGAAGUUGGACGAGGACAAGACCAAGGACCCUGUGAUCAAGGUCCGAGAGUUGGAGGAGAAGGGCAAGAAUUUGCAGGCGACUGUUAUGCGACUCACAAACAAGAAGAAUCCCCGCAAGCCUAAACCGACAACAUCUUCCUCUUCGGCGAGCUCUUCGGGAACCCUUGAUACCCAGACAGACCAUGGACCUUCUCCUACCCUCUCCGAGAAGGAGGCAGAGAGCACCACCGAGUCUAAACCCACAGACAAGGAACCCUUGAUUCACGAUGACCUGUGA